GUUUUAGUAUUCAUACUACAUUACUUACUCGUUUCAACUUAGUAUUUCCUAAAGCACUGCGCCGAGCGCACGCCAUAAUGAAGUGUUUAAUAUUUUUUAUAUUUACCGUUGCGACGUGUCGCGCCGAUGUCGAAUUCAGUGGAAGAGUGAGAAAUUUUAGUUUAGAACUUUUACAUUACACACAACUGGAAACAGACGGACAUGUUGUUAUAUCACCCUUCGGUAUAUGGAGUUUGAUGACUGGCGUCGCACUUGGGGCGACCGGCAACAGUAGAGCUCAACUUGAACGGGCAUUUUUACUACCAGGCAAUCAAAUAUCUAUUAUAAAUGGUUACCAAAAUUUGACGAAGACGGUGCUUGAUCCGAGAACACCGGGAGUUCAAUUAGCAAGUAAGAAUUUUGUUUUCAAAGACAAAGGAUUCCAUGUAUUUCCAGCUUUUAAGAAGACGUUAACUACUGAUUUUGGGGCAAAGAUAGUUCAACUCGAUUUCAAAGAUUCAACCUCAGCAGCGCGUAUCGCUAACACAGCAAUCGAAGACUCCGGAGCGACAGUUUCAAAUGUUCUAAGGUCAGAAGAUUUUGGGACAGCAAGAAUGAUUUUGACAAACGUGAUCUCCUUUAAGGGACUUUGGUCUUCGCCAUUUAAUGUAUCUGAUACAAAUAUCGAAUCGUUUUACGAUGAAAACAAAAAUGAGAUCGGUAAAGUUAAAAUGAUGUACCAAAGGGCAAUGUUGCCUUACUCAAAUAUUCAAGAACUGAGCGCCCUUGUUAUGGAAUUACCUUAUGGCAAUGACAACAAAUACAGCAUGUUAAUAAUCUUGCCCUAUCCAAAAAUUAAUGUAACUGAAGUAUAUAAAAAGUUUUCAACUGUAACAUUGAAGGACAUAUUUGAGAGACUUGACAGUGAUGUUAAAGAGUACGGCUUGGAAGAUGUUGAUGUCAAAUUGCCACGAUUCAAAAUAAGCACAAAUGUCGUUCUGAACAAACCGUUAAAUAGUAUGGGUGUGUUUGAUAUAUUUAGUUCUAAAUUAGCGAGCUUCGAAAAGAUUACUUCGGAGGAAAUAUUUAUUUCCGCCAUUGUACACAAGGCAGACAUAGAGGUCACGGAAUCAGGUACGGUCGCUUCAGCGGAUACAUCGGCUUACUUCGCCGAUCGCAUCUCAACUCCUGCCUUCGAGGCGAAUCGACCGUUUAUUUAUUUCGUAAUGGAAAAAAUGACGACGACCAUAAUCUUCAGCGGAAUUUACUCAAAGCCGAGCGUUUUUUGAAGUGCUACAAAGAUGAAUGUGGUAAAAUUGAUGGAAGCGCAUGAAAGAUGGAUAAAAUAGAUGUGAUAUAUGUAUGUAUGUAUUGCAUUCGAGGGACGUUGUCAGUCUUCGAUGACUUAGUCAUGUAACAAUACUCAGCUGUGGUACUCGUUUCGCGUAAUUCAUGCAUAUCUUUGAAAUAAAAGCAUUUAUUAUAAACAUACAAACCUUAUUAUACCUAUUUAAAUACUGUAGAAGAUAUAUAUGUGAUUAGCUUGUAUUGAGAAACGUAGAAGUCAUUGUGCAUUGACCUUUGUAUCUAAGUACCUACACAGUAUAUUGUCUAAUGUAACCUUGCGGUGACAUCAUCCGGCAUUUGUAUAUAAAACAAUUAUAAAUGUUUUAUAAAAGAUGGAUUUCAAAUAUGUACAAUGAACAAUUCAUUUUAAUAAAAAUAACAGCAUUAUAUAUAUAUAUAUUUAUAUAACUAAGAAUAAAAUACACAAGUUAUAACGGAACUACUUCGUGUAUAAUAGUUAGAUUUAGAAUAUUUUAUCCUUAUAAAGACUGCGAAAUAUAAUUGUCAUUUCAAGUAUUUUUGUUAAUAGAAAUGUUAAAAUAAUGUUUAAAUAAAAUACAGUAGAAAAUAAA